GGAGUCACAUUCUGACAACUUAUUGGUCUUCGAAUAACAGGCAUGAUACCAUAACCAUGACAGUUGGUCUUGGAGACUUGUGAUUUCUCAGUAAUAUCAACGUGGUGUUGUGAACACGUUGUUUCAUCUGUCUGUGGAACGAGUUCCGCUUCAAAUACAACAACAGUCCGUGAUAGUUUAGUGGCUAGAAUUACCGCUUGUCGCGUGGUAGACCGGGGUUCAAUUCCCCGUCGCGGAGUUUUCUUUUUUUUUCAACAGCGUGCUAGUCACGUGACAUGCUAACACACACAUCCGCACACCACCACCCUCACCAUUUUUUUUUCUUUCGCAGGUGUUCAUAAACUACAACGUUGUUAAGAGAAACCAGCGUGAACAAACCAUCAGCAUCACAGCAGGGAGCACUCUUCAAUCCUUGAACAACCUACUAUGCUUAGAACAAGAGCUCUGAUACGUCCGUUCGGCGUAGCAAGAUCGCUGAGCACAUCCUCGCAGUUCCCAAGCCUCAAGGACAUCUCACAUCAGGACAUUGAAUCCGUUGAGAAGCCGUUUGGCCAUGGCUCGUACUUUCUCCCAAGAACUUCCAAGGGUAACCUGCCGGUCUACAUCGACCUGAAGCAGAACGCAUGCGUCACUGAGAUCCGUAAGGUGCAAGGUGAUAUUGUUCUGCUUAGAAACGACCUGCAAGAGCUUAUGAACGAUGUAUCCAAGGACAAGUUCAAGGUUGUGAUGGAGAGCAAGAAGAUUCUCAUCAAAGGUGACCACAAGAACCGCAUUGUUUCUCUAUUGAACGGUGUGUUUUGAAGAGCGAAACACACUCACAUAUAUAUAUUAGGCUUGUAAAUAAUUAAUAGAGGAGACGUUGCCAUUUCCAUCCCAUCAGGGAUUAAACCGUAGAAACUGAUGUUUGAUCAGACAGCUUCUUUCUGGUUCUCUUUGGCUUCAACGGCUCCACUUUUGUCUCUCCUGCAACCUUCUCGUAGAUGUGGAACAUCUCCUUCUCAUGGAUAA